AUGAUUGACUUGCUCAAAAAGAAGACUGAGUUUGUUUGGAGUGAGGCACGAGAGGAGGAGUUCCAGAGUAUCAAGAAGUCGGUGGCCGAGUGUGUGUUGCUAGCCGCGCCGGCAGACAUUGGAGAGUUCGUGCUAACGACGGACGCCAGUGAUCGGGCGAUAGGCGCCAUGCUAGAGCAGAAGCAGGCUCGAGGGUGUGUUCCGAUCGAGUUUGGUAGCAAGAAGUUGGACGGGUGUCAACAACGGUGGGAUGCACGAGAAAGGGAGUUGUAUGCGGUAAGGUUCUUCGUAGAGAGGUGGCAGGAUUACUUUUGCGCUGCGCCGUUUACCAUCAGGACUGAUCACCAGAACCUGUUGUAUUUGGCUAACUCUACCAAAGGAAAGCUAGCAAGGUGGUCGUUGUUCCUACAACAGUUCGACUUUAAGAUAGAGUACCUGAAGGGCACCGAGAACGUGGUGGCUGACUGGUUGUCUAGAGCGAACUUACGAGAAGAUGUCGGGGAGGACACGUUGGUGGAUCGAAUUCAGAUGAAUCCAGAGCUAAGGGUGGCGUACUGUGCGGAAGCCGAACAAGAUGAGGGCUUGUCAGUACCACUUGUUGAAAGGUUGAAAAGAUUAGCCAGAGAAGAUGAAAACGUGCAGAAGCGCAUCCACAAAGCACCGAGUGGGCUGUGGGAGAGACCUAAUGGCGUACCAUCAUUACGGACGGGUUGGAGGACACCCGGGGGUAAGGAGGAUGCUGAGGUUGGUGACCAAGUACUUCUGGUGGCCGGGCAUAACGAAGGACGUAGAAGACUUCUGCCGAGACUGUCUACUUUGUCGUCGUUUGUUUAG